CAGUCCGCGCUGCCCCCGCAGAUGGGGCAGGCGGCUUCGAAGCCCCUUGCGGUGCCGCCGCAGGCCAAGGUCCCCCCGCAGGAGCCGCAGCAGGGUGGCCCGGCGGCGCAGGCCGCCGCGCUGGGCGAGGUGCCCUUGCCGGAGGCGGUGGACGACCAGCGGGGCGCCGAGGCAAAGGGCAUCGCCGUGGACGGCGGCCCGACGCCGAGUGGCCCCGACGCCAAGGCCGAAAGGAGCGAGGCGGGCGCUAGCACUGCCCCCGGGAGCAACUGGAAGGGCGCUGAGCCCGCGCCGAGGGGGGGGCGCUGCUCACCCGUCUCGCCGAACUUCUGGGUGUACAACGUUGGGCGCCGCCAACCAUCUGCGGGGGCUUCUGCGCGCCCACCAUCAGCCCGGAGCGCUCGUGCCUCCGGCACUUCUCCAACGAGUACACGCUGCCGCUCGCCCCCAGAUUCGUGCAGUGCUCGCCGCUGA